AUGGCGACUGAAGCGCAGGAGGCGGCACCGGAUUGUGCACAACCGAUGAAAAGGAAGGAGGAGUGGGCGGAGAGUUAUAUCGCAUACGUGGCGCAUUCGGAGGAGAGCCAAGAGUGUUCCCUAGAUCCUAGCGGCGGGAAGGAGGCGGUGUUUGAAAUCGUCCGUAGUGUUCUGGGAAUUUGUUUUAAACCCCUCACCUCGUGUGAUUAUAAAAUUCAGUCUCUGGGUAGGGCUCUUAGUUGGUUUAUCAUGCUGAUAGCCUAUCCUCAGCCUCUCUUACUAUCAACUAGAAUCCAAAAUGGUUUAACAGAGGACAGUCAAACUGUAACCGCUAGAAGUUACUACCUAAAAGGCACUCGCGAGAAACAGCAACAAUACCAUGUCAAUGAAGUGAAACUAAAGCAGUUCCCCUCCGUCCCCCACAUCCCCCUUGUCCGGCGAACUCUCCCUACAUCGGACCUCCUGAACAGCUUAUUAGCUUAUCAGCUCGUCUCCAAAACCAUUAUCUUCCCAUCCCACUAUUUCCAUGCAUAG